AUGAAAACACGACGGCAAACCGUUUCUGAGAAUCCUCUCACCAUCACCCGACGCAAUACACGACCAGACAACGAGAGAAAACUCAUUGCAGACCCAGUUGAUCUAAUUAUCGAGAUAUUGGCGAGGCUGCCGGCGAAAUCUAUAGCUAGAUGUCGCUGCCUAUCGAAGCUAUGUGACUCCACGCUUCGCCUUCCCUAUUUCACUGAGUUGUUCUUGACCACAUCUUCGGCUCGCCCGCAGCUAUUGUUCGCCUGCCAAAAACACGGCAAGUUGUUCUUCUUCUCCUCGCCUCAGCCUCGAAAUCCCGAUGAGAACUCGUCUCCCAUAGUCGCUGAUUAUCAUAUGAAGCUCUCCGUUGAUGGUCCUGUUUAUGAAAUGAAUGGUAUUGUUCAUGGCUUGGUCUGUCUCAUUUAUAAUACGCGGAUCCCAAAGGGAAAAACGGAAAAGGUGCAGGUGAUAUGUAACCCUAGCACCGGUCAGUCCUUACCUUUACCUAAAGUGAGGACAAAGAGAGUUACUGUGGUAAGCUAUUUGGGAUAUGAUCCAGUUGAUAAAAAAUACAAGGUACUGUCCAUGACCUGGCUAACACUUGGCAACCAAGUCGUGUGUGGUGAGCAUCAAAUCCUUACUUUAGGGACUCCAAAACUUUCUUGGAGGAUGAUCGAAUGUUGCAUACCACAUGAUUUACCACAUAAACAUAUAUGCAUCGAUGGUGUUUUGUAUUAUCCAGCUACUAAUAGGUCUUCAGUGGUUAAUAUGAUAGUUUGCUUUGAUGUAAGGUCUGAAACUUUUAAGUCUAUUACAGUCGUGGGAGCUGUUUAUAGAGCAGUGCGUGAUGGACAUAUGAUCAACUACAAUGGUAAAUUAGGUUUACUUGUGUGUGAGGGUUCUUGGUUUGUUGAUGGAAGCCUUGAGUUGUGGGUUUUAGAAGAGAUUGAAAAGCAAGUAUGGUCGGAGCAUGCAUACGUGUUUCCCCCUUUGUGGAAAGAUAUAGUGGGAACUUCCUGCUCACGCUUUGUUGGAGUGACUCGAACAAAUGAGAUUGUGUUCUUCUUUGAACGUAUGAUGCAUUCAUGUGUUAUUUACUGCAAUCUGGAGAGGAAGACGAUCGUAAGAGUUGGAAUCGAUGGAUUUGAAUCGCUUAAGAAUCGUAUGGUUCACAUCUUUUUAGACCAUGUAGAAAACGUUAAUCUUGGGCUAGCGUUUUAGUUUAAGAUUUUGUAA